AGGAGACAGCAACACACUGUGUGAAUAAAUCCCAUCAAACACCACCAACUGAUGUGGCUGGGAAACACGUGAGAGAUUUCAGAGGCUUAAAACUAAAAGCGCUCACAUUUGGAUGCACAGAAAAUAUACACAGGGAAACAGUGACCCAGGUGCAUAUGAAUGCCUAAUGUGGACACAGCCCCAAUCAGACAUUUCCUCCAUCUAAAGUAAAUAAAUAAAUAAAAACAAAAAUAAGCAUUGGACAAAGCAGUCAUAACUUCCAGGCAUAUUUCAGCAGGUGAUGUAGGUUGUGGUGCACAGGUGGGCAAGAAGCCCCUGAAACAUUCCCUAUGCAGCAGAAUUCAUCUUGGGGCCAAAUUUUGUUGAGCAACAUGUACAAGAUUAAAGAUUUGGGAUGCUCUUCUUCACGCAGAAGACAUUGCUCAGCGAAGCUCACCUGUUUUUGUUACAAUCUAGAAGACAUUAUUUGCCCAAUUCACGGUCUGCUUUCCCAAAGUUUAUAUCCUGUUUUCUGGAAUCAAUGCAGCAAGAAAGCUUCAUUCCACAUAUAAAGGUAUUUAUGAUAUAUAGUACCUUCACAGUUCCAGCAGUCUGUUUUGUAAUAGCAAUUUUUAAUUUUUCUGUAAAAUAUCAGAUUUAUACUAAACUAUUUAAACAAGCUGUCUUUUCUUUCACAGGAGCUCUAGGUUCCUGCAGGGGACACUGCUGCUUAAACAUUGACUAAUCCUGGUAAAGAGAACCAGUUAAAUAAAAGACUAAAAAGCUUUAUGCAGCGCUAGCAAAUAUUCCCUUAGCUAGGCAUCACAUGAUAUUUUGCUUAAUUUCUUAAAGACUUUUAAAAAUAUGUCAUAAUAAAUGUUUUAACGUGCUUAUUAAAGAAGAGUUUAUUUUGUUAAUACUCUUGUUAACUCUCAUCCUUUCAUCACCCAGUGACAGAAGGAAAUUGCUGCUAAUAAAGGUCAGCGUCUAUGUUCAGAAGAACUUUAUAAAACAUCUCUGUGAAUUAGAGCAUGCUUUAAUGCAUUUAUUCCAACUGAUUUUGUUAAAGGCUUCUACUUUUUCUCUUACACAGCUUUGUCUUGUUUAAAAUGAGAAGUUCAUUUAAGGCUAAAAGAGGCAACAAGUUGCCACUUUAAAUUGCAUAUUCUAUAGAGUUUGGGUCCUACAGAGUUGUUUUACAUGAAGCAGAGUAUGACUCAUGCUAAUGGAAAGGGCAAAGAAGACUUUUUAAAAGAAAUAUAUCACACUUAAAUUAGUUUAGACAGCAUGACAUCAGAGAGUAAUUAAAUAGGUUUUUGUUGGAAUUCCGCUUCCAAUUCCUGAGUUCAGGUUUGUAAAAGAUUUCUGAGCACCUGCAGGUUUCUGUGUGUGAAAUAUUUUCACUGGAAGGGAUUCAAAACUUUUUAAAAAACCUUUUAAUACAGAGGCAGCAUUACGCCAUUCUUCCUUCUUGGAAAAAAAACCCUCUCCGAUUUAAACAAGAGUCCUUCAAGUUUUUAGUCACUUUUACAGAAGAAAGGGGGGUGGUAAACUUUCUCUUUUCAAGAACAAGCUGCUAGCAGAAACCAGGAGAAGACCAAAUUGACUAAAUUAGCAUUUCCACUAUGGGACUGGAUACAAAUAUUAAACAAGUAGAUUUAAAGUGCUUUAAGCUUAAAAUUAAACGCUUUCUCCUGACUUUGGUUCUUAAUUUUUUUCAUGUUUUCUUAUGCCAAACUGGAGGAACCUUUUCUGAUUUUUUCUUUGGUGGCAUUCAAAGGAAGACCAGAGGAUGAAAAUCCUGCACUUUCUUACUUUACUGCUUUGGCACUUUAGCUGGUUUUACCUCGUUUUCAUUUCCUUAGCACUGAGUCCUGCUGAAGCGAGUCAAGGCAAUCCAGGAUCCAAAUUAGGAUUGUCAAACAUAGAUGGAAAGGAGAGAAACCCCUUGCCAAGGGCAGGUACAUUUAGAGCGGGGAACCAUGGAUAUAGUGCUGGGAAUUCAAAGUCUAGGGCAAAAAAUAAUAAUGCUCAAGCCGGACUUCUCUUGGCAAAGACUGAUGACUCAAAGAAGACUAUCUCCAAAGCAGGGAGCACAGACAAAAAGGUAGGAGUUCAAUCUUCAAACAGACAAUCGGGAAUAAGGACGGUGACCCCGAAGCUACAGAACUUUGGCCCCAAGGCCCCACUGAAGAAAACUGGCACCAGCAAUUCAGAUGCCAGCUCCUUCAAAACCAAAAAGACUAAAGAAGCUAUUGCCCAAAGGGAAUCUAAGGAGGCGUUCAGGCAUCCUGCGAUCACCCCACAUGAAUACAUGCUCUCGCUGUACAGGACUCUCUCUGAUGCAGAACGGAAAGGUGUUAAUGGAAGCGUAAAACUGGAGACUGGGCUUGCCAAUACAAUUACAAGCUUCAUAGACAAGGGGCAAGAUGACCGUGCUCCAGCUGUUAAAAAGCAGAAAUACAUUUUUGAUAUCAGUGCAUUAGAAAAAGAUGGCUUACUGGGGGCAGAACUGCGUAUUUUAAGGAAAAAACCUUCUGACAACUGGAAGCCUACUUCUCAUGGGAAAACAUGUCAAAUGAAACUAUUCAGUUGCUCCAUAAGCAGGCAAGCAUCCAUCCUCUUGGACUCUCGGACAGUCAACAUCUUAGAUACCGCAAAAUGGGAAGUCUUUGACAUUUGGAAGCUUUUUAGGAAUUUUAAAAACUCUGCUAACUUGUGUUUUGAACUGGAGGCUUUUGAAAGGGGAAGGCCUGUUGAUUUAAGGACUGUGGGAUUUAACAGAACAGGGAGGCAAGUCAAUGAAAAAGCUCUCUUCUUAGUAUUUGGUAGGACAAAGAAAAGAGACUUGUUCUUCAAUGAAAUAAAAGCCAGAUCUGGCCAGGAUGACAAAACUGUUUAUGAAUACCUAUUCAAUCAGAGAAGAAAGAGAAGGGCUCCUCUAGCAACUCGGCAAGGAAAGAGGCCCAACAAGAAUCUGAAGACAAGAUGCAGCAAAAAAGCACUUCAUGUGAAUUUUAAGGAUAUGGGCUGGGAUGACUGGAUAAUAGCCCCUCUUGAAUAUGAAGCUUAUCAUUGUGAAGGACUUUGCGAAUUUCCUCUUCGAUCCCAUCUGGAACCCACCAAUCAUGCUGUUAUCCAAACAUUAAUGAACUCUAUGGACCCAGAGUCGACACCUCCAACUUGUUGUGUUCCGACAAGACUGAGUCCUAUUAGCAUCCUGUUUAUUGACUCUGCUAAUAAUGUAGUCUACAAACAAUAUGAAGACAUGGUAGUGGAGUCCUGCGGCUGCAGGUAGCAGCAGCGCAAUCUCUCACAGUACUAACUGCAAAGCCUUUCCUAGCAGCUGACAAAAAUGAACUGACACAGAUCAGCACUGUGAUAUCACUCAGAGUGGUUUGCGCUGGUCGAUAGCUGUUGUGGCAUCUGUCACAAGCAAUGCAUUGGUUGGCAAUUAAUGCAAGCCUAUUUUGCUCUGCUGCCUCUCAGUUGCCACUACAAGCUACUAUCAAAGCUCAGUGGCAUGGAGGACUGUGUAAUACUGCAUACCCUAUGGUGGCUGAAAUUCUGUUUGUGGUGCUACAUUUUUCAGUUGUUCCCUGCCAUACAUCAACCAUGCCUCCAUCAUGCUUCUUGUCUGUCCUGUUCAACACUAAUUAGCAAUUGUAUGCAGUGCUGUUGUGCCACAUUUGGAGAGGCUCACAGCUGCCAACACAGCAGCUUGAAAUAUGCUCAUGUAGCCAUUAAAACCUUGGAUCAGCUCAUGGUGCCAAGCCAUAGACAAUGUUGUUGCAUCAGUGCAGCAUCUGUUGCACUGCACCUUAAAUGUUUGUACUAGUGACACAACUCAUAGGACCAGGCUGUAUGUUUUCUAAUAGCUAGAAUAGAUUUAUAGAAGAAGUGACACGAAAAAUCUACUGAAAUGUAAUUGUUUUUGUAUCUACCUUUUGGACUCAUUCCAACACUAAUUUAUUACUUCCAGACUCUGUUCUAGAUCAAGACAUUUUGCUCUCUGGAGCAGAGUGCCAAAUGGUGCUCAAGAUACUAGAGCCAACACUUCUGAAAGUCAGUUCCUGCCUUCAUCUAGCCACCUAAAUUCCUCUGCCUGAAGCGGCUUGAUUCACUUUGACAUACAGUAGGGCAGGCCUAGAGUUGCACAGACUCACCAGAGUAACAACUUUCCUAUGAAAACCUUCUUCAAAGGACAUUUAAUUUUCACAUGAUACAGUUUUUUGAAUUCCUAAGGACACUGGCAAAUUCAGUGCAAGUUGCUUCGGUACAUUUUCGCUUUCUCCUUCUGGCACUGUUUCGAAGCCUGAACAAUCCAUCUUUGGAGGAUUAAUCUUCUGUUUUCAUCAUCAUAUAUAUAUCUUUCAUAUGUGCUUUAGGAUAUCUCUACAAAACAGUGGACAAGAUUCACAUAACAAACCCCAUUAGCCCCAUUUGUGCAAUGGAACGUUGCCUCACCUCCUGCUCCCAUGAUCCAAAAAAUUGACUGGGGAAGGGGGUGUCAGAAGAACCCCCAGAACAGCACAUGGAGAAAGGGGGAGGGGUGUCAUUCCAUCUGGUAGCCAGAAGGCUUGUACAGAUGGAAUGACUGGAAGAGCAUGUUUAAUUCUACCCACAGUGUUUAAACUAACUAGUUUAACACAAAUAGGUAUGAGCAACAUUUCAUAAUUCUUAAAACUGUAUAUUUACCAAUAAAUAAAUAAAUAAAUAAAUAAAUGUUGAAUUUGUUUUAAAUUGUACGCAUUAUACAUGGAUUUAGAGAACUGCGGACAAACCUAUUUCUUUCAAUGUAUAUUUUAUUUCAGCUUCAUAUCUUUAUUAAAUAUCCAUCUUUUUCAUGUUAACGUUCAAACUGUUGUAUUAUUCUGCUUCUAAUUCACGCUGUUCUCUAUUGCUCGUAGUAAAAUAACAGCUUAAGAUGUACUAAAUUAUUGACAGUGUU